ACGGUGUGCGUGCCAGACACGUCUCUACAGUCCGUGUCAUGCAUGAGCCUCUACUUUUCGUACAACCCGUACAAGCACGCCUGCAUGCCACAGAAGGGCUUCUGCCAGCGGACCGUCAACCACUUCGCUUCGAUGGAAGACUGCCGGAUCGCGUGCACCAGCCCGAAAGAAAGCGGCCGUUCGGCUACAAUGCUAACGCCCCAAGACACCGAAGUCAGACUGAUCAUUAUGCGCAAAAGGAACGGUGCUUCUGUGACACUAGUGAACAGCACGCUAAAGGUGCCACAGAAGAAGAAUCUUUUCUUCGUCGGCUACCUUCUUCCCGACCCUUACGGUCCACUGGUAGGAAUGCCGAAAAGCAGCGUCCAUCGGCAAAGCUCCGUCACCAAUGUUGCAGUAAAAACACCUGUAAAAGCUCCCACUCCUCAAGCGCCAUGAAGGUACCCAUGCCACCUCCGAUGGGUGACCUUACGGGUUUUCCUCGAUGGCCAUUAAGCACUUCGAAGCCAUCGCCCCAGCUUCAGCUUCCUAAGCAGUUCCCAGGUAUGUUGGGUGCAGGCCCAACGGCAGGUCUACAAUUUUCCAAUGGAGAUCGCUUUUCCUCGCUAUCAAACUCACCAAACCUGUCCUGUUCAGAACCCUCCAACAUUCUUGUUCGCAGCCAAGGGACAAAAUCCUAACGCUCCUUCAGGACCCCCUUCGGGAUUGAAGGAAACAAGUGCUUCUGAAAUGUCCCCUGCAGGAAUGAAAACAGUAUCUGCCAUACCAUCAACGGGACAAACUGGACCUCUAGUAAGUGACGUGAUGCCUGGAUUCUCUUCAGCUCAACCACCUGCGAGUUCCUUGGUGUUCGGCAUACCAUCAUCGCUUCCUCCCAGUGCAAGUUCCGCGCAAGACUCACUUUCACAGCCAACUCAGGCGCAGCUGCCAGUGCCCUUAGGACGACGCGCGGAUGACUCGCCCAAUACGUACAAGCCGAGACAGCUUUCCGACGGGUCGACGCCGACACUUCCUCCUGGCAUGGUACAUGCGUACUCGACAGAGAGUCCGAUAAGCGCUCGCGACGAAAAGUCAUCACUGGGCUCGGCCGAAGAAGACGAGUCCGAGGCGUCGACCUUGAACAGCUCGAGUGAUGAAGCUUCUGAAGGGGCCGAGACAGCGUCGAGCACAUCAGAGUCAGGUCCUGAAGACGACUCGGGAAAAGGUCGGCACGCGAGGCAACUUCCGCCGGGCCUCGCCCUCGCGAGGCGAGGCAAAGAUGAGAAGCCACAUAGGGUGGCCCCGAUGUCGCGGCGCAGCGCCAGGGAAAGUGAGUCGAGGGAGCCGGUGGUCGAGGAAAAAAUCGUCCCCUGAAAGGGCCCAUCUUACGGGAAUGCGCACAGCAUAUCGCAGAAGCGCAGCCGCACCUUUUCGACGUCGAGUCGCAGGAGAGGAAGCGGUGGUCUACUCUCGACGCCCUGGGCGCAACCUCGAGGCUCUCACCUUUCUCCAUCUAUAUCCCUCUAGUAAGGGGCACGCUGCCACGAGUGGAGUAUGCAGUAAGACAAGAC